AUGUCAAAGUCGAACAGUGAUCACGUUAAGCGUCCAAUGAACGCCUUUAUGGUAUGGUCGCGAGUUCAAAGACGCAAAAUUGCUCAAGAAAAUCCUAAAAUGCACAAUUCUGAAAUCAGUAAGCGCUUAGGUGCAGAAUGGAAGAUGCUAUCUGACAUUGAAAAGAGGCCAUUUGUUGAUGAAGCCAAACAUUUAAGGACUCAACACAUGAAAGAUUUUCCAGAUUACAAGUAUCGACCUCGUCGUAAGCCCAAAUCAUUAAUAAAGAAAGAUAGGUAA